AUGGCAGAACCUUUACAUGCCUCCAGAGGUGCUUCAGCUGUUGCCAUUGAUAUCGAAAAUUUCUCUACUACAAUACCCGCUUCUAUCUCGUCCACUCAAGCUGGAAAACGUUCAGCUAGUGAGGCCUUUGACGGUGACAUUAUGACGACGCUAGACGACGUCCUGGUGUCUCCACUUGAUAAAAGGACCAAGUUACUUGACGAAGAAUUGCCUGAUGUGGAUGAUAAUGAGGAAUUUAUAGAGCAAGAGGAAGAUCUGGAUACUGAUCUUGCGCUGGGGUUGAAGAAUGACGAAAAUGGACAGGAAUUGGAUGAUGAUGGUCUAAUUCUGGCAAAUAAAGAACAAAUUACGGAAAGUAAAGUCGUCAGUAUUGACCAUAAGAUGGAAACGUCAGAGUUAUCUCCUGCUGAAGAAGGAGAUGGAAGUAAAGCAUUGACGUCUCAAAAUAAUGAAAUUGAUAUUGUUGACGUUGAUGAGGGAGAUGAAGAAGAUGAAGAAGACGAAGAAGACUCUGUAGCAUUAUCUGAGCAGUAUGAUGAUCAAGAGAUAGCGAGAACCAUUUUACGCGCUCAAAACCAGCGAGAAGCUAGAAAUUUACUUCAGCAACUGGAUGACUCGGCACGCAGUAAAUUAUGUCUUAUGGCUUUAGAAAAGUAUGGAGAAGAAUUGUUUUAUGGUCAUGAAGAAGCAAGAGAUGCGAUUUUAGUAGAUGCUUGCGCUCAAGACUCGAUAUUGUCACUUAUGCGGGAUGCUGUUAAAGUGCGGGACUUGUACUUAGGAUCUUCGGCUACGGCACCAGUGGAACUCGAUGAUGAUGAAGAAACCGGAGGAUAUGAAGAUGAAGAAGAGGAAGACGAGAUUGAAGACGAAAUUGAUGAAAGCAACGAAGAGAUUGUUGUCAUCUCAGAGGAAGAGGAUAAAGGAGACUUAGAUGAAGAUGACGAAGAAAACGAAAAUGCAACUACUUUUGGAAAUGCUAGUGAUGAAGAGCAAGUUGGAAGCAAAGAUGUCAGCGAAGAAGAGGAAACAGAAGGGAGUCAGAAUGCUGCACUGUGUAACAUAAUACGCGUUCCCAACCUUAACUCAUAUUUUCGUGUCUGUGCUACCAACUUUCUGUCCUCGACUUCAUUUUGGACUGCAUGCCACCACCCCACAGCAAGUCGUUUUCCUUCGCCAGUCGCGCAAAAGGCGAGUCACGUUCUCCAGAUCUGGUUCUGCACGCACAAUUUCAAGUAA